ACAGCUAGCAUUUCGUUAUUUAGUAUAUUAUUAGGAUUAAAAAAGGAAAAUGAUACACUCAUAUGGUUCAGGAAGAGGAAAUGAGCAUUCCAAGUAGAGUUUUUAAAUCACCCGAUAACCUUCAUUUUGAUUAUCAAACGCACAGGAUGGACAUGUGUUUUUCGCUUGUUAUAAUACUUUUAAGCUGUAUUGCGAUGUGUCGGACUUCUAGAUCGUGUGUUGGGAGCAGAAAAUGUUGUGCAGGAUUUCAGUGGAACGAAAUGGAGCAAACAUGCAUGCGUUGUUUUGAUGGCUACGUUGGGAAGAAAUGCGAAGUGCCUUGUCCAUAUCCUGGAUACGGACAAACUUGUCAACAAAUAUGUCACUGCAGCAAAGACAGCUGUAACCACGUAUAUGGAUGUGUUUACCGAACCAGCAGCUCACCGAAUACAUCAACACCGAAGAACAUCAACGAUAAACCCGAAUCUCAAACGGAAACAGUAAAACCAAACAUCAACGAUAAACCCGAAUCUCAAACGGAAACAGUAAAACCAAGCAUCAACGAUAAACCCGAAUCUCAACCGAAGGACAUAGUACAUGUAAGUGGAGAAAUAACAACGGAUGCAUCAGGCUUCACCCAAGAUAAAAUAAAUGAACGGGGUUUACGAAGUUCAUUCACUAAAUUCGGUACCUUCAUCAUAUGCUCAUGCAUAUUGUUUACUCUGGUUGUUCUCUCGAUCUCCUUCUUCGUUCUUCUUCGACGAAUACGCAUUUCUAAAACUGAUAGACUUAGCAAUCGACAAAAUAAUGAAAUGUAUCAAGAACUAUCUAGUUUCAGAACCCCCGAUGGACAAACUCAUGAUUACGAAGCAAUACAUCCAAUUUUAAUGAAACAAUUUCAUGGCGUUGGAGAUGUAGUGGUUACAUACAAUACGAUAACACAAAAGCAUAUCAUAGAAUUUAAAUCUCUAGAAAUGAAAAUAACAUAAGAGAAAUAAUAUACAUGUAUAAUGAUUUAUUUCUCUGACUACAGUAUUUCCUCGCCACCUUGUAGUGAUAGUAGAUAUUGUACAUGCACAAGAGUUGAAUGCAAGUUUAAUAUAUCAUACAUUUUUAAGAAUGCUAUAAUUUGAAUGUAUUUGUGUUUUCUAGUUCUGAUGCCAAUACAUACAAGAGAAAGUUAAGGUUUAAAAUGUUUACUACAGACUAAUGUAUUCACUACAAAUGUAUCACACACACCCAGAUUUGAUUUACACACUAUACAUAACCGGUAGAUUUGGUGCAAUGUCCGUUUGGUUUUAUUUUCGGAUUAGGGUUAUUCACCAUAAUACGAGAGACAACAUUUCCAUUAAAGAUAUUUGUGCCGUAUUAAACAGUAUUUUUUUUCAUGUUGCGUAUUUAUGAGUGAAGCAUUGAUCAAUGGCGCAGGAAAAGUAUCAUCAGAAACAUCACUUAGGAUUUCGUUUACUAUAUUUAAUCGCACCAAUGAUCUCAUGUUUGAACUUAUGUUAACUCCCCUUCACACGUCCAUUGCUCAAAUUGGUCCUCCCCACCCCUUCCCCUGUCUUACUGUCUUUUGUGAUCGCUGAAGGUGUUCCGUGAACACGCUUUCACGUCGCCAUAUAAUUGAUUAAGCUUAUGACGUCCCUUGAUCAUGAGUAUUUCGAAAUGGGGAGUUAUAAUGAAUGAAUAAGAAAAAGUUUAAAUGCUAGAGUUAAAUAGUAUGAUUUGCUUAAAGUGUAUAAUUGAUAAUGCUUUAUAAAAAUAAGAUACAUACUUAAACAUUAUUCCUUUGAUAAUAUUGGAUUGAUCCGGCAUGUAUACCUUAGAUUACAGCUAACUAUAUUUGCGUUGAAUGUUUAGCGCCAAAAUUUCAAAUAAUGUUGUGAGGAAAACUUAUGAAUCAUUCAGAUUUCCAAUAAUUACCUGAUAUUCGGUAUGCACAAAUAUUAAGGUAGCUCAUUACACACACUUUUUAUUUAAUGGCUCGUUAAAACAUCUCUUAAGAAGUGCAAUUUCACCAUCGAAAAAGUGAUACAAGCUCUGAAGUAUUUUAUAUGAUUGUUUUGCGAUUUAUCCCGGAAUGAUAAAAAAAGGUGUUUUGUUUGCAAAUAAGGUAUUCUAGAGUCCAAAUUUCGCUGUGAUUUCGUUGUGAUUUCAUGCAUAAUAUGAAGUGUUGCAGCUCAUAUCCUAACGUAUUUUGAAAAAUGAAAUUUAUUUUUUAUAUAUACAUUCUACUAAUAUUUCUGUCGGAAUCAUUCCCUAACCGAUAUAGACAUAGAUGUACUAUAUUUAUCAAGAUCCAUACGCACAUUGUUAACAACUGCAUUGCAUUCACGA